GACCAUGUAGAAAAUUCGCUUCAAAAAUACGAGAAAGUCCUUUCUUGCUCGCCCCUCAGCACAGAAACAUACAUCUUGAAAAGUGAUCGUGACUCUGUAUGCGAUGAAGUCCGACCCUGGGUUCUGUUGAAAAACAGAAUGGCAGACUUUGACGAAUUUGAUGAAUACCCAUCUGAUCUCGAUUGCCAAAAACAGGAAGGACUCUUUGACAUUUCCGAACCCAAAUUUUACUCCUCCUCCUCCGAUGAAGAUACAGAAAAUGAGGGUGAACCAUACUGUCCUUUGUUCGAGUUUAGUCCUGUGCCAAUGAGCAAUAAUGGGAUCGCCAAAUUGGACCUACUGCAACACCAAGACUUCAAUGCUAGCGGAGAUUCUUGUCACACGGAUAAAAAGUUCGGAAAUUUUGGCGGAUUGAACGUUACAAACAACGUCGCUAAUAAAAUGGGUUCAAAUAGUGCCACUACCUUAUCCUCCAAUAAAACCCAACGAUCGCGAAAGUCUUUAAUGCCAAAAAUGAGAUCAGCCCUGGGAGGAUUUUCUUUCUUUAAGAAGUAAUGAGGAUGAUGACGACAAUAACUUUCACCUUCAUACAUAUAUAAAACAAAACUAAUAAAUAACAAUUAAGUGACACGCAUAAUACAUAUUAACCAAAUAUUUGUAAAACUAUGAUGUAUGUGUAUUUUAAAAAGAUUUAUUAACACUCAAUUCAACCUGGAGUGCAACAAUUAUUACAUACAUAAACAUUCAUACUUUUCAGAAUCGUAAUCACAACAUUUGUCUGUAGUCGAUUAUUCUUACAUUUACUGGACUUGUAUGUAAAUCAGUGCGUUUAUCCUGAAUGCUUAACAAAAUUAAUACAUAUUUUGUUUUGUAUAUAGAUAAUCCUACAACAGUAAAUUAUUAUUUAGUCCUAGCUCUGGUUUUUGAACACUGUAAAUAUUUUCGAGAUUCGAAUAUUUGAAAGUGAAUACAAAGCUCUGUAUACUUUUUUUAGAACAGAGCACAUUGUACAAAUUUUGUAUAAUUUCAGAAAAUUUCUCCCACCCGAGCUGCAUUAAGAAAUUAAAUUAUAUGGUUAGGACGAAGAAAAAUGGAAUCAGUCAAUGCACUAAAUAAUAUAAAUCAAUCAUUGUACAUAAUACAA